ACUACGGAUGUUUACUCUCCCAUUCAUCUCAUAUGUCAAUGAUGCGGCGAGGGUCGAUGGCGAUCGCUGGUGGCGGUGAGCCCCUCAUCGUAGUCGAGGAGAGUGGUGUUGAAGAAUCAGAAUCCCCUUUGCAUGCAGCUGCUCCACUCCGAGGCUUCUCCGAAGACCAGGAGUCACCUCCAGACCCGUAUCAUCUAUCACCUUGGCGAGACACACGCAAGCAUUCUUUGCCGACUCCAGCUUGCACCAGUGGCCCCACAGCUAGUCAGGUGCGUCGUCUGUCGGAGCGUGGUGAAGGAGCAGUCCGCGAGGCUCGUGAAGCAGCAUUCCUAGCCACCUUGAGUCAGGCACCGCCACAGCCAGGUGGACGAAGACAUUCCGUGGUCACAAUAUCGCGAGUGCCUCAAGCACUUUUCGGUAGAGGACGUCGAGAAUCAAUUGCAGCAUUCCCUGCUCUCGGGCGAAGAAGAGAUUCAGGUGCAAAAUGUCCUCCAGCCACAGAUGGGUUAGGAAGCACCCACAAUUUGCAGCUCGAUAUUAUGGAUGAUAUUGUCCAGGCUCGCAAAGUCCGCAUGCGGCUAUGGAACACUUCAAAUGAGCGAGUGUGCGAAGUGCAACCUCUUGAUGAAAGAUCUCCUAUAAGCGGGUCCAUAAGGUACACCAACCGCGGCCGUAGGCAUUCUGAUUUUGUAGGAGCUCCAUUGCCCCCAAUACCUGCUCGUCGUCGCGCUUCUGAAAUGCCCCCACCGCCUCCUAUACCACCUCGUAGUGGCGUGGGUGUUGUCUGCACAGACACAGAUCUCAAACACAUGCUCAACGCACUGACAUCUUCAGCAACAGAAAUUGACCGUUGUGGAAAACCUGAACAGCAGAGACGUCUUGCUGACAUGCGCUCCAGUAGUUUCGACGCGUCCACACUACGGGACAAAUUGGGAUCUGGCACUGCUUGGUUUACGAGAAGACAUCAAACGUUGGAAACAAAGAAAAAGGAAACAGAGGGUAAGAAAGCAAAAGUGACUUUUGCACCUGAUUCGAAACCAGCGGCUGGAGAUUCAGCAGCAGUUGUAUGGGAUAAGCCUACUGGCUCUGUCGUUGAUGCAAGUGCAUUGGGGAGUGCAAUAGAAGUAUUCCUAAGAAAAAGUGCUGCAGGAAAUCCUGUUCCUUCAACUUCGGGUUUCAAUAUAAUAAAAGAAAGUGCCAAGCCUGACAAUAACACUCGUUCAAAACGGGACUUGCCGAGCACAAGCAAAGCUAGCGAGGGUGAGCGUUGGUUCGUCAGUAAGCCAGAGGAUACUGAAGCCGAAGGUUGUGACGCAUCUAUAUGCUCAUCUUUAAAAGAUCUCUUCGUGUAAAAGCCAUUUUAAUAAUCUUAUAGGAAUUGUAUAGCAGUUCUCUUCCUAUAUAAGAUGUACGUUUAUGACUUGGUCAUUGUACUUUACUUUAUGAAUCUCUAAAUGUGAUAGUUAGUGUACCAAUCCGGUCGUGCUGGGUCGACUUAUGAUCGACCUUGGCUCAACAUCAAGUAUUUUUAGAGUGAAUUCUAUUUUCUUUGUAUAAAUUUUAAUAUUAGAUAUGUAUGGAUGUUUAGAUAGAUAAUGUAAGUAAAUGUGAUGAGCAGACGCGUUUUCCACGACUUGGCUCUCGAGCGGUCCUACCUCCCGCGUCUGUCCCUUGCCCCACCCCCUCUUCAAAAGUCUGUGUAUUGUAAUCCGAUGUUAAUAAUAAUUAAUGAUGUAAUAGAGAAAAAUGUAAUAGGAGGUGUACGCUAAAUAACCGAAAGCGUUCUCGGACGCUUGAAAUCAAUAAAAUUUUUAUCGAUGUUA